ACUCGGAGGUUAGAUCACCCUCAGAGAGCUGCACACUUUCCUACAGAUAGCCACAGGUUGCUGUUUAGAGUGCGGCGCAGCACAGGUGUGACUGCAUAUGAAUGAGAGUGACUCUGCCUGUUAAUCAUCAGCCUGGCACAGGCAUAAAUUCCAGCCUUUUUUUCUUAGACAUUUGACUGAAGCUUUGUCUGCUUGUGCAUGUAUUCCAGCUUCAUUUUAGGAGCUCUUUUGGACUUUCUGAAUUAGAUCCGAUUAGUUAUAAUAAGGCAGAUUUUAACUGUGCAUUCACCAACAGUCAGCACAAUGAAUUUUGAUGAAAUCCUCUCUGUUAUCGGAGGCUUUGGGAAGUUCCAGAAGAGCUUAUAUGUGUGGAUCUGUCUACCUCAGAUCUUUCUGGCAUUCCACAUGCUGGUUUCAGUCUUCACCGGGGCAGUCCCUCCUCAUUUAUGCCGCUUUCCCGGGCUCUCAGCGUGGACUCCAGCCUCUUCAAACUUCAGCCUUCUAACCACCCGUGAUGGACAACUUGACCUGUCCUGCACCGUCCCUUUAAACCACAGCAGUGCUGAAUCUCUUGGCAAUGGACAUCCUACCCGCAGGAGCUGCCCGGAGGGCUGGGAGUACAGCACAGAGACAUUUCAAAACACUAUAGUAACUGAGUGGGACCUGGUGUGCGAUAAUGCCAGCCUGAACAAUGUGGGCUCAUCUAUCUACAUGUUUGGCCUUCUUGUUGGAGCGGUUGUGUUUGGACACUUGGCUGAUAAAUACGGUCGCAGGAUAAUUAUCCUUGUCAACCUAGCUAGCCAGGCUAUCUUUGGAGUCGCUGCUGCUUUCGCACCUAAUUUCUACAUCUACACUGCCCUUCGCUUUAUGGUUGGAACAUCCAUCUCUGGUGUUAUCAUGAAUGCCUUUGUCCUUGGCACAGAAUGGACCGGAUCAAAACAGAGGAUGUUGGCGGGUAUAAUCACAGACUACUUCUUUGGCUUUGGCUACAUUUUUCUGGCCGGUGUAGCGUAUCUCAUAAGAGACUGGCGUAAACUGCAGUUGGCUAUAUCCGCACCUGGCUUCCUCUUUAUUUUCUACAUCUGGGUUUUGCCAAAGUCUGCUCGCUGGUUAAUGGCCAAUGACAGGACAGAAGAAGCAUGGAAACUGAUCCAGAAGGCAGCGCAGAUAAACGGGAAGCCCCUCAUUAAAGACCUGGAGAUGUGUCAGCAGGUCUGUAAAACCGAAGAGAAAACUGUAGCAAAGAACAAACACUCGUUCCUUGACCUUGUUCGAACACCAAGAAUGAGGAAGCACUCUCUGAUUGUCUUUUAUCUGUGGUUUGUCAAUGUCCUCGUGUACUAUGGCCUGUCCCUCAACAUUUCUGACUUUGGAAUGAAUAUAUACCUGACUCAGAUGAUUUUUGGUCUGGUUGAGAUGCCUGCGCGCACAAUCACCCUGUUCACCCUGAACCGCUCCCGUAAGAUCUCCCAGCUAGCUUUCUUAGCAGUUGGAGGCACUGCCUGUCUGCUCACCAUCUUCAUCCCCGAUGAUUUGUCUGUCGUCAGAACGGUCUUGGCCAUGAUUGGAAAGUUUGGAAUCACAGCCUCUCUGUCUAUUAUUUAUGUGUAUUCUGCUGAGGUGUUCCCCACUGUUAUAAGACAAAAUGGGAUUGGUAUAGGCUCUAUGUGUGCUCGCACUGGUGGCGUCCUGGCUCCCAUGAUGUACCUUCUGAGGGGGGUCAGUCCUCACGCUCCCAUGGUUCUGUGUGGCCUCUGCCCCCUGCUGGGUUCAGCCCUCACAAUGCUACUUCCUGAGACGGCCAACAGGCCGCUGCCUGAUAGCAUUGAAGACGUUGAGGGAUCCAAUCACAGUGAGGAGGACAGCUGUCUUAAGCCAGCCAUCUUCAAUACUUCUAUGAAGAACAUCAACAUCUGCAACACCAGUAUGGACUGAAACACAACCACAGACCACAGACAUUCUGUGUGUUUUCUAUGACUGGUCUAGUCUAUGCUUCCAGUGGAAGUCAUGAUGAGACUUAGGUCCUGUAAGUCACCCUAACUCUGAAGAUUUAUAUCACAAUUUUUAUUUCAUUUGUUUUCAAAUACAUUUCUAGGUCAGUGUGUUAUAAUCGAUUUUUUUUUGUUGUUUUGAUUUGGUCUCAUCAAGUGUUAUACAUUGUAAAGGUUUAUUCUGAAAUCCAUUUGGAGUCCUUAACAAGACACUGGUGCCAUGGCAGAUGCACUCAAUGAAAGAUUUGAACAGUCACAGCACCUGUUUGCUACAUUAAAGCAUACCUGAAUAUUUCUGCUAAGGUUUUUUGAACAUACUUUCAUAUUACAUGAGUGUGACUGUGACCACAUACUGCUUGGAACAUGCUAUUGAGAGAUAUAUGGCUUUGGACUUACAGUCUAGAAACUAUUUACACUGCUUCACUUGUUCCACAUUUUGUCAUGUCACAUCCUUAUUCCAAAAUGGAUUAAAUUAAUUUUUCACCUCAGAAUUCUUCACACAAAAGCAAAGGGACAAAUUGAAGUUUGCUUCAAAUUCUUGCAAAUUUAUUAAAAGUAAAAAAUAAAUAAAUAAAACAUGUCAAUAGGUAUCCAGCCUGGUACUUUAUUGAAGCACCUUUGGCAGCAGUUACAUCCUCAAGUCUUUUUGAGUAUGAUGCUACAAGCUUGGCGCAGCUUUUUUGAGCAGUUUCUCCAAUUCUUCUCCAUCUAGUCAACUGGGGAGUUUCUCUGCACAAUGGUUUCCUCCGGACAUAAUGUUUGGCUUUUAGUUCAAUCCUUGUUUCAGCAGACCAGAGAAUUUUGUUUCCAGUGGUCGGAUUUAGCAAACUCAAAGUAGGCUGUCAUUUGCAUUUUGCUAAGGAGUGGCACAGGUCUUUCAGGUCUCCAUAGGUUUAACUUUGUCAUUACAGGGUAUUGUGUGUAGAAUUCUGAGGUGAAAAACGAGUUUGAUCCAUUUUGGAAUAAAACUUUAAAAUUACAAAUGUGGAACAAGAGGAGCACAGGAGAACAGGAUGCACAGGCUGCACAGGAUGCACAGGAUGCACAGUAAAACUGCAUUAAUGUAUUAUGGUUUUUUGUUUGGUUACGUUGUGGCAGCUCAGCAGGGUGUGAAUGCAACGCUAACAUGGCAUUACCUCCAAAACUGUUAGCAAACAGUUGCUAGUUUAUGCUGAUAUAAUGUAAUAUUGGCAUUGUUAGCACAUUAACAUAAGCAAUUAAUUACAUCGGCUUGAUGAAUGCCCAAUAUCCAAAAAGAGACUUAAAGACACUGUAGAGCAGGGGUGUCAAACUCAAAUACACAGUGGGCCAAAAUUCAAAACUGGAACAAAGUCGAGGGCUAACAUUAAUAUUUAUUGAAAAAAAAAAUCUUC